GGUAUGUCAUUGGCGGGGCUGGACUGCCACAGCACCAGAGACUGAGCCUCCACUACCCUAAGAGGGGCAUGUAGUGGCUCAAAUGGGGUGGAAAUGGCCAAUAGCGCAUAUAUUUAUAGAUAAUCUACUUCACAUUUGUGCUCUGCUCACUGUAAUCUUCUUUUGCAACAGCCGGGAGUAAAAAGUAGAGCUUUAGGCUUGCUGGACAUGAUAAUAUGUUUAUGUGAUUAGGGAGGUUUUUUUUUUUUUUUUGGUCUCCUGUAAUUCCGAGUCAGUGAGGCAUGAUAGUCCAUUCCGGGUUUUGAGAGCAGUCCAUUCACAGACAGCCCGUUGCAGAAGCCAGUCUGCUCUCGACUCACUGCGCUAGCACUGUUUACGGGAAGCUCGUAGCGCCGUGUCUAGUCGCUCUGUGAAUGCCGAGCGCAGGACCUUUUCCAAAUGAGAGUUCAAACUUUGCACUCUUGAGGAACUGCAUUAUCAUUCUAGGGACAAAGAGGACUUACAUGAACAGAGAGGGAAUGCUCGUUUUUCCUCUUUUGCAAUUUUAAAAUCAAGGCAGAGUCGCAGGACUGCAGUUGCUCGCCUAUUCCUUGAUCUUUUUCAGCUACUGCUCACUGUGCGAUGUGCGUAACGAUAGACUCCAAGGCUGAGCAGGAGUGACGAAUACAUGGUAAAUCAGCGGCGCUGAUGACUAUAGACUCAUAGCAGCUUGUUAUGGAACUGUUUUCCCUGACAUCGGGGAUGUGCGAACUCAAAGAGAGAGCCGCUGCCUGAUAAAGCGCUGUCUGUCCCAGAGAAGUGGAGCAUGCCUCAGACCCGCAGCACGUCCCCCUAUGCCGCCUGCUGUGUAUUGAGCUGCAGUGGACCCCCUCUCACAUGCCUGCAAGCCUUCUUCUCCCCACUUCCACCAUCCAACUGAUUUUUGCCACUCUUUCUGUUACCGUUACCGCAUCUCUCUGAAAGGUGAAAAGAUCAAUGAUGAUCAUCUCUGAGAGCUGUUGUCCCCGACAUCUGUAACUGCCAUUGAUUCUGUUGAACAUGCGGAGAGCAUCCACAGUCAGCGCAAUGGCGUGCUUCUUACUCAGAACAUCAGCAGUCUGCUGCCUCGUGUUGGCUUUGGCUCAUGUCCAGUGCUCAGAAGGGUUUAGCCGAGCAGCUCUGCCGUUCGGAUUAGUAAGAAGAGAGUUGUCCUGUGAGGGAUACCCAAUCGAUCUCCGCUGUCCAGGAAGUGAUGUCAUCAUGAUCGAAACAGCCAACUAUGGCCGAACAGAUGACAAGAUCUGUGAUGCUGACCCAUUUCAGAUGGAGAACAUCAACUGCUACCUCCCAGAUGCCUUCAAGAUCAUGUCACAGAGGUGCAACAACCGGACCCAGUGCAUCGUCAUCACUGGGUCUGACGUAUUCCCAGACCCUUGUCCAGGGACCUACAAAUACCUUGAGGUCCAGUACGAAUGUGUGCCCUAUAAAGUGGAACAAAAAGUUUUUGUUUGUCCUGGGACUCUGAAAGCUGUCGGAGAUCCUUCCUUUCUCUUUGAGGCGGAGCAGCAAGCGGGCUCCUGGUGCAAAGACCCACUCCAAGCAGGUGACAAAGUCUACUUCAUGCCCUGGACUCCCUACCGCACGGAUACGCUUAUCGAGUACUCAUCGCUCGACGACUUCCAAAACUCUCGGCAAACUGUCACGUACAAGCUCCCUCACCGAGUAGAUGGUACUGGAUUUGUGGUGUAUGACGGGGCUGUGUUUUUCAACAAAGAGAGAACACGCAACAUCGUAAAGUUUGAUCUCCGGACCAGAAUCAAGAGUGGAGAGGCCAUUAUUAACAAUGCAAACUACCAUGACACAUCCCCGUACAAGUGGGGUGGUAAGACAGACAUAGACUUGGCCGUGGAUGAGAACGGGCUUUGGGUCAUCUACGCUACAGAGCAGAACAAUGGCAUGAUUGUCAUUAGCCAGUUGAACCCCUAUACCUUGCGAUUCGAUGCCACGUGGGAGACGACGUACGACAAGCGCUCGGCGUCCAACGCGUUCAUGAUAUGUGGAGUGCUCUACGUAGUCAGGUCCACAUACGAGGACAACGACAGCGAAGUCAGCAAAAGUGUCAUCGACUAUAUUUACAACACGAAACUCAACCGAGGGGAGUAUGUGGAUAUUCACUUUCCUAAUCAGUAUCAGUAUAUAGCAGCGGUGGAAUACAAUCCCAGAGAUAACCAGCUCUAUGUUUGGAAUAAUUUCUACGUAUUGCGAUAUAAUCUCAUAUUCGGACCACCGGAUCCUGCAAACGGCCCGGGAACUUUCGAAGGAACCUUUUCACCAGAGCCUGUCAAGACAACCACCAUGACCACCACGACACUUUUGACCAAGACCCCCGUAAACACGGUGACGACCACAACCAUUAGCCCAAAGACUGGAACCAAAGUCUUCAAAUCGCCUCCGGAGGUUCCCGAGAUCACCACGCGGCCCUCCUUGGACUCGUUCCCUCUGCCGGCGCGCUUCUGUGAGAGCACAGAGAAGAGAGACAUAGCGUGGCCGCAGACCCAGAGGGGCAUGCUGGUGGAGAGGCCCUGCCCCAAAGGGACGCGCGGCACUGCGUCCUACUUAUGUGUGCUUACCACGGGGGCCUGGAACCCGAAAGGACCUGAUCUCAGUAAUUGUACCUCCCAUUGGGUUAAUCAAGUCGCUCAGAAGAUCCGGAGCGGAGAGAAUGCAGCGAACCUUGCCAAUGAGCUGGCCAAGCACACCAAAGGACCCAUCUUCGCCGGCGAUGUUAGCUCCACCAUGAGACUGAUGGAGCAGCUCGUUGAUAUCUUGGACGCUCAGCUGCAGGAGUUGAAACCCAGCGAGAAGGACUCUGCGGGUCGGAGUUUUAACAAGCUUCAAAAGCGAGAAAGGACUUGCAGGGCAUACAUGAAGGCUAUUGUAGAUACAGUUGACAACCUCUUGAGGCCGGAGGCCCUGAAGUCCUGGAGAGAUAUGAACACCACGGAACAGACUCAUGCUGCAACUAUGUUACUUGAUACUCUAGAGGAAGGAGCUUUCGUCCUCGCAGACAAUCUAAUGGAGCCAGCCAUUGUGAAAGUACCUGCUAACAAUAUAAUCCUCGAUGUCUACGUGCUCAGCACAGAUGGGCAGGUGCAGGAUUUUAAGUUUCCACAGACGACCAAAGGUGGAGUUUCGAUUCAGCUGUCUGCCAACACCGUGAAACUCAACAGCAGAAACGGAGUUGCGAAGUUGGUAUUUGUUCUCUACAAAAACCUGGGACAGUUUCUCAGUACUGAAAACUCGACCCUCAGACUGCAUACCCAGACGCACGGUCGCAACCAAUCUGUGGCUGUCAACUCAGACGUCAUCGCCGCCUCCAUCAACAAAGAGUCCAGUCGGGUCUUCAUAUCAGAUCCUGUGAUAUUUACCCUAGAGCAUAUUGACACACAACACUACUUCAACUCCAGCUGUUCGUUCUGGAACUACUCAGAGAGGAGCAUGACAGGAUACUGGUCUACACAGGGCUGUAAGCUCAUCACGGGGAAUAAAACACACACAACCUGCUCCUGCAGCCAUUUAACCAACUUUGCAGUCCUGAUGGCCCAACGAGAAGUCGGGGGUAAAGAUGAAGUGCACGAGCUGCUGCUGACUGUGAUCACCCGCGUCGGGAUCGCCAUCUCUCUGGUCUGUCUGGCCAUGAGCAUUUUCACCUUCUGCUUCUUCCGAGGUCUACAAAGUGACCGCAACACCAUCCUCAAGAACCUGUGCAUCAACCUCUUCAUCGCAGAGUUAAUCUUUUUAAUUGGUAUCGACAUGACAGAACCCCGGAUUGGCUGCUCCAUCAUCGCUGGGAUUUUACAUUUCUUCUUCUUGGCUUCCUUUGGCUGGAUGUGUCUGGAGGGCGUCCAGCUCUACCUCAUGGUGGUGGAAGUAUUUGAGAGUGAAUACUCGAGGAAGAAAUACUACUACGUGUCCGGCUACCUUUUCCCCACCAUAGUCGUCAUCGUCUCCGCUGCAGUCGACUACCGCAGCUAUGGGACAGACGAGGCCUGCUGGCUAAGAGUGGAUAAUCAUUUCAUCUGGAGCUUCAUAGGACCUGUUACCUUCAUCAUUAUGCUAAACCUCAUCUUCCUGGUCAUAACUAUGUAUAAAAUGGUCAAGCACACAACUUCACUGAAACCUGACUCCAGCAGGCUGGAAAAUAUAAAUAAUUAUCGUGUAUGCGACGGCUACUUUAAUACUGAUUUGCCAGGCUAUGAGGAUAAUAAACCGUUCAUCAAAUCAUGGGUUCUUGGAGGUUUUGCACUUCUUUUCCUCCUGGUUCUGACAUGGUCAUUUGGGCUGUUCUUCAUCCAUGAAUCUUCCGUGGUCAUGGCGUAUCUCUUCACCAUAUUCAACACCUUCCAGGGAAUGUUUAUCUUCAUAUUCCACUGCCUACUUCAGAAAAAGGUGCGAAAGGAGUAUAGCAAAUGCUUCCGACACACUUACUGCUGCGGAGGUUUACCGGCUGAAAACUCCCACAGCUCAACCAAGACAGCAACCACAAGGACAAGUGCCCGCUACUCAUCUGGUACUCAGAGUCGUAUCAGGAGAAUGUGGAACGACACCGUCAGAAAACAGUCUGAAUCUUCCUUUAUCUCAGGCGACAUCAACAGCACAUCAACCCUUAAUCAAGGAAUGACUGGCAAUUACCUUCUAACUAACCCUCUUCUUCGACCGCAAGGCACUAAUAACCCCUAUAACACUCUCCUGGCUGAAACGAUCGUGUGUAACUCUACUGCGGCCCCCGUCUUUAACUCUCCAGUGACCUACAGAGAGACAAGACACUCACUGAGCAACAAGAGGGAAGCAGGUGCAAUGGAUACUCUACCGCUAAAUGGUAACUUUAACAAUAGCUAUUCACUGCGCAAUGGGGACUACGGGGACAGUGUGCAAGUUGUGGAUUGUGGACUUAGCAUAGACGAUGCGGCUUUCGAGAAAAUGAUCAUCUCGGAGCUGGUGCACAACAAUCUCAGGGCCUGCAACAAGAACCACAACACGGAGCGAAUUUCUUCAACCAAAGUGGCCGUUGGGGGCAGCAGCAGCGAAGAUGAUGCCAUCGUUGCCGACGCCUCAUCUUUGGUGCACACUGCCAACCCACGGCUGGAACUGCACCAGAGGGAGCUGGAAGCUCCGCUUAUUCCGCAACGGACGCACUCGCUCCUGUACCACCCACAGGACAAGGGCAAGCUGGAGUGCAUGGAGAGCUACUCUAUCUCUCCGCUGACUCCAGAAACGGAGGACAACCUGCAGUCCCCCAACAGAGACUCUUUGUACACUAGUAUGCCUAAUUUGAGGGACUCGCCUUAUCGUGAGUGCAGCCCGGAUAUAGAGGAAGAGCUUUCUCCGUCGAAGAGGAGUGAAAACGAUGAUGUUUACUAUAAGAGCAUGCCGAACUUGGGAGCGGGCCUUCAGCUGCAAGCCUAUUACCAGAUAAAUAAAGUGGGUGACGGCUAUAUUAUUCCCAUAAGCAAAGAGGGAUGCAUCCCGGAGGGGGAUGUUCGGGAAGGACAAAUGCAGCUAGUCACAAGCCUUUAGACGUAUUUAAAUACUCAGCACUGUACUUCUGGCAAUGUAGUAAGAGGUGUUGAGAAUUCUCUCGACACGUCCAGGUAUCCACCUUUGAAAAUUUCAUCUGCAUCUUCAACCGUGAAGGACAUUAAUGACUAUGGGGUGGGUAGUGUGACAUUGUUUGAUUCACCAGGACUGUAUAUAAAUUGAGGAAUAAAAAAACAGCCCAAUAAUGUAUUUAUAUGUUCUACUGUUGCUGGAAAUAAUUAAAAAGAUAUUUAAAAAUAUACACAAAAAAAAAACAACCAUUCCAAAAAAAAGAAAAGAAAAACAGUUUCUAAAUUUGUACAUAUAAUACCCAUGAUCAUAAUUACACAUACAAUCUGAUUUCUGUCUAAACCUGUUUUGUAUUAUAUACAAAAUGGAAUGUUUGACUGCUGAAAUGAUCCUGAAGACACUAUUGGAUUUGGAAGAGGUCUUGAGUUUCUUAAGGCCCUGUGACAGAAAAAAUAUUAACCACUAGCAAUCAAGCCCCCAGGCCUUAUUUUUUCUCCAGUGUAUAUUGAACUCUUGUCAAGACAAAAAAAUACAAAAUAUAUAUAUAUAUUUUGUUGUAUUGCUAGUGAAAUCAAUGACAACUAUAAUUAUGAAGAAACAUUUUAAUGAAAAACUGUUUUGAAGAGACUAUUGUGUAAAAACCUGCUCAUCCUCUGUGAGCAGAUUCUGAACAUUUUUCUUCAUGGUAUGUUUAAACAUCAGUUGCAUCCUCACUCACAUUUGUGAUCAGUGUUUCUUCCCUGCAUACAUCCAUGUCUAGCUCAUGCAAGUGAACUUAGUUGACAUCAUCAAGAGGAGACGCGUACACAUUUCAGCUCAUGCCAGAGCUCAGCUUUUUCAUGUGAAUCUGUAGAACAGAUGAAUCUGUGAUGGACUCGUAGGGCAGUUGUUUGGACUCAAUUUACCCCCUGUAGUAUCUCAUUUAAAUCGGGAUGUUUAUUUGCUUUAUUACCCCCCCUCCCCCCUCAAAACAAUGAACUUUUGUGAAUAUUUUCAAGCACUGAUAUACAUGGUUCAUUAUUUUAUAUAAGCGUGAUAUUAAGACAUUCAUCACUUUCAAAGGAAAUGUAAAGGUCCACACUUCGUAAACAAUAAAUACAUGUGAAUCUUUUUGUCAAA